CAAACAACUAGUCUCACCGCUCUUUUGUUUUCAAUUGAUUUCUAAAGAUCAUUAGCGGUGGCUGUUCAGUUGAGUUCAUUGUAUCAAUUAAGGAAAGUGCGGCGUGAUUCCCGAGUGUGCAACGCUAUUAAGUUCACUUGUAUUUUCAAAUCGCGUCGGGCUUUUGCGGAUGGACGCUACUCUUCCGGUGGAUCUGAGACGAUUCCGGCCUGUCGUCGAGACGUCGUUUAAGAAAAUUCAUCAGAAGAUGGAAGCGAUUAUAGAAGGAAGUGAGGGGCGGCCGUUCGUGGCCGGGAUGAGUAAAGUGUCGCCACCAGUGGCUUGCGUUCAGGAGGAAUCGAAGGCCGUGCGGACUGACCAUCACCUGAAUCAGCCACAACAGCAACAACAACAACAACAACAACAGAGAUCGCUCAAGUUCAGCGUUGAAAACAUUCUCGAUCCGACAAAAUUCACCGGCCAUCCGCAGACGAUGGCCCCGCGUUUAAACAACAACAUCUUCCAGCAUCCGAUCCAGCACAUUCAUCACACGUUGUUCAACCAUCCAGCCCAUCAUCCGUGGGUUUUGCCUCCGGCCGGUCUGUUACACCACCACCAUCUUCAUCCGCACCAAUUACAAAAUCACGUUCAUCAUCACAUGGACGUGCACAGUACAUCCGUCGAGUCGGAGGACAGUCUCUACGACCGUAGCAGCGACCUCGAAUCAGAGAGGAGCUAUCGAGCGCGUUCCAUCACCAGUCACAAAACUUCGUCUGGGGACGACGACGAUGUCGACGACGAUGACGACGAUUGCGAUGAUGAAGAAGAUGAUGAUGACGAUGACGAUGAAGAUACCGAAGUCGACAUGGAUGAUUGCGAUGACGUCAAUGACCCUGCCGCUGUCCUCAUACGACUGGGAAACGUUACCGGUGACGAUCUGACGGACGGUACGAACAAAAUGGCAGCCGAACUCCUUCAGCAACAGAUGGAACAAUCGGACAGGAAACUGGACAAGAAAAAGAAGAAGAAGAAGAAAAAGAAGAAGAAGAAUAAAAAGAUGAAGAAUUUAGCCGUGAUCAAUUCGAUGGGCUCUGAUGAUAACAUGAAACACAGUAAUGGAGUAGGUAGCUGUUCCAGUUCGAACGGUGGCGGAGAUCGAGGCGGAAGUGGAGGUGGCAAACCCAGACGGGCCAGAACGGCGUUCACUUACGAGCAGCUCGUAGCGUUGGAGAAUAAAUUCAAAACGACUCGAUACCUGUCGGUGUGCGAGCGGCUCAAUUUGGCGCUGCAACUUUCUCUGACGGAAACUCAGGUGAAAAUUUGGUUCCAAAACCGGCGCACCAAGUGGAAGAAGCAGAAUCCCGGGCUGGACGUCAAUUCGCCGCCGAGUAGCAGCAAUCAGCCUGGAGGUCAUCAUCAACAGCAACAACAUUCGCCCGUCUACGGCCAGCAGCAACAGCCGCAGACGGCCAAUGGCGCUGCAGGUGGCCAACAGAAUUACUCGGCCGGACUGGUCGGUUCGAUGAUGUACAAUCCUCAUUACCUGGCCAGCGCUGCCGCUUUACCUUUUUUGCUGGGCAACGCCAAUGGCGGGGCAGGGCACCCUUGUUUCCAUCACAUUGGCCAUUCGUGAUUUCCGUAUACGAACGUGUGUCAUUUGUUUGUGAAAAUUCUUUUGAUUGUGUUUAUUGUGUGUAUUUCGGGCGUCCGUUGUCUAUUUGUGUACAUACAGUUAACAUCACAAUAGAGGAAUUGUUUGGGCCUGUACAUUUCCCUCCCGUCUUUCGGCAGAGGUAAAACUCAUUUUUGAAUGAUUGUGAAACAUUGAUUGACAUUUGACGAUCGACUCGAGUUAUUGAUCCGCCAUAUUAUUAUAUCCAUCAUUGUGUUGUU